AUGAUAUUACUAAACACACUUACAUUCUUAUUAUUAUGCACAUUCACUAUUGCAUCUACGAUUCAAACACUAUUUGUGAAAAAUCAACAUCAACAUGAAUCAUCGAUACAUACUAUGGCAAAGUUCCCAGCCUUCACCUUAUCUGCAAAUUCAAUUCAAUCAUUAGGACUAGAAAAGCCUAACAUUGGACAAUACGCUGGAUAUUUUAAAUGUGACUUAACUCAAAAUAAUAUGUUUUAUUGGUUUUUUGAAAGUAGAAAUGAUCCCAAAACCGAUCCAUUGAUAUUAUGGUUAACAGGAGGACCUGGUUGUUCAUCAAGUUAUGGAUUAUUUUUUGAAUUAGGACCAAGUUCAAUAGAUUUAAAUUUAAAACCAAAAUAUAAUCCUUAUUCAUGGAAUUCAAAUGCUUCAGUAAUUUUUUUAGAUCAACCAACUGGUACAGGUUUUAGUUAUGGUGGAUUACCUUCAAUAAGUACAGAUACAUUAACUCAACAAAUUUAUAUAUUUUUAGAAUUCUUUUUUGAUAAAUUUCCUCAAUAUAGAACAAAUAAAUUUCAUAUUGCUGGAGAAUCUUAUGCUGGUCAUUAUAUACCAAAUUUAUUAAAUCAAUUGAAAAAGAAUUGGCAUACUAUAACUUUUGAAGUUGAAUCUGUGUUGAUUGGAAAUGGAAUUAUAGAUCCUUUGGUGCAAAUUGGAGCUUAUGAACCAAUGGCAUGUGGUAAAGGUGGGUACAAAUCAUUAUUAGAUGAUUCUGAUUGUCGAAAAAUGAGAAACACAUACAAUGUAUUCAAGAAAUAUGAUAAAUUUUGUUAUUUAACUGGUGAAUUGUAUUCUUGUACACAUGCAAGAAAAUUGGGAAAAGAAGUAGGUGAACCUUUUUACAAGUUAGAUUUAAAUCCUUAUGAUUUUAGAAAACCUUGUAUUGCUAAUACUUCGGAUUGUUAUUUAGAAUCUCAACCAAUUGAUAAAUAUUUGAAUUUACCUGAAGUAAAAUCAGUACUUGGAGUAAAACAAGACUUAGAAUUUAAAAUGUGUAGAGAUGAAAUUGCAGAACCUUUUGAAUGGACAGGAGAUAAUAUGAGACCAUCACAACAAUAUUUAAAAACAGCAUUAGAAAUAGAUGAUAUACCAGUUUUGAUUUAUUCUGGAGAUAAGGAUUAUAUGUGUGGAUGGGUUGGUCUUUUAGAUGUUUGUGAUAAAUUAGAUUCCAAAGAAUUUGCUUAUCAACCUUUAAAAAAUUGGAUAAAUCAAGAAGGUGAAGUAGUUGGUCAAGUUAAAAGCUUUGAUGGCUUAACUUUUGUUAGAGUAUAUGAUGCUGGCCACAUGGUACCUUUCGAUCAACCUAAGAAUAGCUUGGAAUUGAUAAACAGGUGGAUUUCAGGAGAUUAUAGUUUAAAUAGAUAA